AUGCCUGAAGUGGUCACUGGUGAUCUACCGCUGCAAACGGGAGAGCCUGAAAACCACGUGCGUGAUGUGACACAGCCUGCACCCAACCCGAUGCCUUUCUUCAAGUGGCGCCUACGAACACACCCGAUGCAGCGCACAGCCGAGCAGGUUGACCGAGAUCUGCAAAUCGUGCUUCAGCAAAUCGACCACCGUACCGUCAGCGGGACAUUUGGCUGGCCCUACAACGACGGGUUUAGAUGUAGCAAGGCCGAGCUUUUGCGCAGGCGGCCCCUUGUAUCUCCGCAGAAAGAACGAGCCCUUUCUCCCGAGAGGACGGGAGGGCGGAGCCUGGGCGGUGGAACCGAACCAAGCGCCCCCGGCACCCCGAGAGUAAGCCUUUGGGGCAGCACUGACACAAUAUGCCAGCAAAUACUAUGGGCGGGUAUUCAUAGCCCGAAUGAUCGGGUAGGACCGCCACGGUUGGUUAUACGCAAUUUCGACGAGAUUCAGCAAGCCGAAGCCGCAUCGAAUGGAAAUACCGCGUUGACUUUAUCGUGGGCCAAAUGCGGCGAGUGUGCGGCUGCGAAAAAGUAUCAGACGCUGGCGGAGCUUCUCAGCCAUAUACAAAGCAAACAUGUCUUGGCUCAAGGUGCACCCCUUCGAUCCUUUGACGAUCCAUUCUUCUGCUACGUGGAUCCGCAGUCCAUAACCACGGGCGGGGAAAGCCUUGUCACUUGGAAAGGAUACAUGGCUGUCAAUGAAUUCAUCAUGUCCAUGGAGCGGGUGGCGGCAGUUUCUCAAGAACUCGUCUACCUCGUAGCUAACCCGUCCAAUCGGUUUGCCGAGGACGCAUUAACGCCAUCGCCGCUUCCCAUGAGUUUAGCCACAGCGUUCUACCACGUCCUCGCCAGCUAUAUCCUCCUUGCGAAGCACCUCAGACUAACCAAUGCAUUGGUAUACUCGAACUCGAGCGAAGAAGCGGGCGGGGAUGCGAAGGCUGCAGCAGACACCAAGACACUGAUCGCAAGUGCCUCCAAAGCCUCCCUUGAUGCCCUCGAACAGGCGAGAUCAGACAUUAUCCUCCUUUGCCACACGCGACGCGAAAUUGAUGGCCUGAGUGUUCGAUCGGUAGACCUGCAAUUUCUUGUGUUGGCAGUGAUGAAGAAUGUACAGCGAUUCAGCGUCGAGACAAGGAGCACUAGCGCCUGUAAAGAAUAUGAUGCUCAAGAGACAAAUACCGGGCCCAGCGUCGACAUUGACACCAUGGUAGCCUACAAGCACUACCUUUCUGUGCUGCGAUUCAACGGCCGGAACCGACCCCAGAAACGAGUAUUCCUAGACAUACAAAACUUCCACGAGGAGCUACAUGCCCUAGUCCACAUCUCCGAGGUACAGAAGAAAGUAUCGGGUGACUACCUCCGCCUUCUUGAACCCGGCUCGUUUAGAAUGACCAGCGUCAGGCGCGUGGAUCAGCAUCGCGAGGAAUGUGCGUUUUGGAAGAAAGCGGACCAAGAUCUCCUAGACAGAUUAGAUCAACUACGAGUCUUAGAUGAGCAGGCUCACUCGUUGCGAAAUGAAGUCAAGCAGGCCAUCGAGAUCAUCGAAGAAGAUCACGGCAAGGCUAUCCGUGUGUUCACGGUAGUGACGUUGUUUUUCCUCCCCAUGUCUUUUGUCACGAGUUUUAUGGGCAUGAAUACGACGGAUAUACGCGACAUGAACUCGGAUCAAAAGUUGUUCUGGGUAACAGCGGUCCCAGUAACGGCGCUCGUCAUCGCUAUCGCUUUUACCUACGGUUACGGCGGAGAAACCAUCUCCGCUUGGUGGCAUUCCUACUUCCAGCCUCGGAAGAAGGCGCCAGCUCAGUGGAGUGACGUGGUAACCCAGAAACGGGGAUAG